AUGUACCGAUUGAAUCGACAACACUGUUAUUUAUGUGAUCUACCUCGUACACCUUGGGCUAUGAUUUAUGAUUUUUCCGAGACUGUUUGUCGUGGUUGUGUUAAUUAUGAAGGUGCUGAUCGUAUUGAAACAAUUAUUGAAAAUGCUCGUAUACUUCGACGUACAUCAUUAAUGGAUCGAUCUAAUAAUCUUACACCUUCAAAAUCAUUUUUACCACCUCCAUCAUCGUUUCUUUCAAAUAACAAUAUACAUUAUCCAUAUAAAUCACUAUCUAAUGGACAUCAUCGUACAUCAACAUCAUUUAUUUCUCGUCCUACACAUUCAACUUCAUCAUCACCACCAAAUGAAACAAUUUCAUCUCAAGAACCUGAUGAUCUUUCAUUACCUGAAUUAGUUAAAGAUAGUUUACGUCUUUUAACAUCAUCAACUCCAUUUGAUAUUCGUCUUAAACGUGAUUCAACUAUUCAAGCUCGUUUAUUUCUAUUUGAUUCUCAUCAACGACAUACAUCUACAGGUGGUUCAAAUGAAUAUGAAUUACGUAUAUUUAGUGAAUAUCCAAUUGGUUCAAGUAAUGUUCACGCAAAUAUAACUUCUCUAUUUCGACAGAUGAAUUCCGAUGUUAAACAAACAUCAUCAUCAAAUGAAGAUCAUCAAUCAAUAAAAAAUCCUUAUAAAGCUCUUGAAUAUCGAAUAAAAUCUACAACAUUAGAUGAAACAACAAAUAAUUGGCAUUUAUUAAAUGAUUUACUUCAUGAACGUGCACGUUCAUUUAAAGAAUUACCGAAUAAAAAUCUUUUACCAGAAAUUCAUCUUGAUCCAAAACAUAUUAAAUUACCAUCUGUUCGUCAUUCAAUACCAAAACGUAAAUAUAAUGAUAUUGAUAUUAGUUGUAUUAAUAAAUAUCGUUCAUCAAAACGUUUACGACUUCCUCACCAACAAAUCAAUGAAAUAAUACCAACAUCAAUGCCAUUAAUAAUUCUUCAAUGUAGUGAAUGUCAUCAAGCACUUGAAGAUACACAUUUUGUUCAAUGUCCAUCGACAUCUGAACAUCGUUAUUGUUUUCCAUGUUGUAAAAAUUUUAUUAAAAGACAAACAGGUGAAAAAGAAAUUUAUUGUCCAAGUGGUCUAAAAUGUCCAUUAGUUGGUUCAACAAAUAUACCAUGGGCAUUUAUGCAAACUGAAAUUGAAACAAUUCUUAAUACAAGAUCUCCAUCACCUCAAAAAACCAAUUCACCGUCAUCAUCAUCAACAUUAACUGUUAAACAAGAAGCUGAAAAUUAA